CAAUGGGUCGUAAAGUGCGUUUGUGAGUUUGUGUGAGAUGUUGGUUAGUUAGCUGAGAGCGUUUACAAUGUUUGUGAUUUAGUAAUUGAAUUUAAAAGAAUUGUGAAGCCGUAUACAUAUAAUUGUGUUUACCCGUGUUGUGAAAUGCAUAAGUAAUUGUUUUAAAGCGGUUUAAAGCUAACCGUUAAUGCUGAACAGUGUUAGGCUACAGCAUAGCUUGAGCGUUGCCUCUGUCUUCUGGUGUUGCUGUUAUAAAGUAGACUUUGAGUCGGGUCGGACCACUUAGGUUGGCUGUCAUGUUGGGACCCGACCUAAUCACGGUCAAUACAGAGGGAAAAACAUCUCCUAACUGACGAAUAAUGUGAAUAUCUCAAGAGCAGCGAUGUCAGAUCAAAGUGAGAAACAGCCUGAGCUCAGCAAACUAAAGCUGGGCUGUAAGACAGUUCUUGUGACUGGGGGAGCUGGUUUCAUUGGGUCACAUCUUAUCAUACUAUUGGCUGUGAGAUAUCCUCUGUGGCGAAUCAUCAAUAUUGAUUCAUUGGACUACUGCUCAAGUCUGAAGAACCUCAAAUGUCUUGAGAACACAAGGACUUACAAAUUCAUUCAGGGGGAUAUAUGCGACAAGUAUUUUAUUAAUCAUCUGUUUUCUACUGAAAACAUUGACAUUGUUUUCCAUUGUGCUGCUCAAUCACAUGUUGAGAAUUCCUUCCUGUAUCCAUCUGAAUUCAUGCAUGUGAAUGCAGAAGGCACAAGUGUACUGCUUCAAGCAGCAUUUGAAGCUGGAGUGGAAAAGUUCAUAUACAUGAGCACUGAUGAGGUUUAUGGAGAUAGCCUGGACAAGGAAUUUGAUGAGUUGAGUCCAAAAAGGCCAACUAAUCCAUAUUCCACAUCAAAAGCUGCUGCUGAAAACAUUGUGAUAUCAUACUGGGAAAAGCACAAGUUCCCCAUAAUAAUAACAAGGAGCAGUAAUGUGUAUGGACCACGGCAAUACCAUGAAAAGGUUAUUCCAAAAUUUUUACUGCUCCUACAACAAGACCAAAAAUGCACUAUUCAGGGAACAGGCCUCCAGUCUCGACAUUUUCUUUAUAUUGAAGAUGUUACGGAGGCCCUUUUGAUACUCAUGGAGAGGGGUGCCCUGGGGGAGAUUUACAACAUUGGGGCCAACUUUGAGAUUCCUAUCAUCCAGCUUGCUAGAGAGUUGGUGAAGGUGGUGAAGAAUGCUUCCAAUGAUCAGCUGGAUGACUGGCUACAAUUCAUUAAGGACAGGCCUGUCAGUGACUUGAGAUACCCAAUGAUGUCAGACAAGAUGCACAGACUUGGAUGGAAGCCAAAGGUCUCAUGGAAGGACGGCAUCCGAAGGACUAUUAAGUGGUACGAAGAGAACACAUCCUACUGGUCAAUGGUCACUGAAAAGAAGCAGCACAGUCAUCUGUUGACUGAGAACCAUCACUUGCUUCAUGAUGCCAAGACCAAAGACACCUUUGCACAAAGUACUUUAUCUACAAAGUAGUAUUUAGUAAAUACAAUACUAUGAACUACAGAAGCACGGACACAGAUUUUCACUAAAAUGCGUUUAAAAAAGUAUAGAAACUCUUUAGAGAUGUUAUGUUUUUUUAAUUUUAGUACUUAUAUUUUGUAUAUAAAUACUUUUCAUGUAAAUGAAUGUGAUUGCUGCCGUAAAUCUGAUAUAUAGCAACGCUAUUACAUGUCUGUCACUGUGCUUAUGCCUGGCUUAUUUUAUUUGGGAAGACAGGUGAAGCGUCUAGAAGUUCGCCUCCAUAAACUGGACACAGCCCUGCUGAAAAAACCCAUAGAAACCAUUGUGUUUUUGUUGGUUCCUGAUGGUUUUGUAAUGUGUUUUACCUUUCUUAAUUGGUUGACAUAAAAGAUCCUAAUGGUUUGUCA